UAUCGCAGAAAAAUUUGUAAAUCUCGGAAAGCUGGACAACCAACAUUAAACACGAGCACGUCAGAAUUUAUCAUUGCACCAGAUGCAAAUAUGUUUUUUUGGUUUUUUGAAUCUCGUAAAAAUCCAAAAACAUCUCCAUUAACCAUAUGGCUUAGUGGUGGUCCUGGUUGUUCUUCAAUGUUUGCAUUGUUCCAAGAAGUUGGACCUUGUAAAAUAAAAAGAAAUAUGAAUCAAAGCAGAAUGGCUGCGAAUAGUUGGAAUGAAGUGACGAAUCUGUUAUUUAUUGAUCAGCCAAUUGGUGCUGGAUUCUCAUAUGGAAAUCGUUUAGUAAACACAUCAGAACAAGCUGCCUUAGAUAUUUAUGAAUUUUUACAAAGAUUUUUUACAAUGUUUCCAAAGUAUUCAACAUUAGAUUUACAUCUUUUUAGUGAAUCUUAUGGUGGUCAUUAUGUUCCAUUCAUAGCUAAACUUAUUAUUCAAAAUAAUAAUUUAAUCAAAACUGGGCAAUUAAAAGAUUUAAUACCAAUCAAUCUUAAGUCUUGUGGAAUCGGAAAUAAACCCUUGUUAGGUUCACCAUUAAUUGAAGCGAUGCAUGAUACAUGGAUAUUAUGUCAAUAUACAAUUAAUGAAUGCUACGAGACCAAUAAAAUGAAUGAUUGCAUCACAGCUAAUUUAACAUGUUGGGAUGGUUAUAAUGGGAUAUUUAUUCAAAACUCUGGUGUUGGACUUUAUGAUAUUCGUACUCAAAAUGAUAUUCCAAUUCCUAUAUAUACAAAAUUCUUGGAUAAUCCUAUUGUUUUAAAAUCAAUUGGUGUUAAUACUACUAAAAUAACAAAAUAUUUAGAAUAUAAUGAAGAAAUUUAUUUUAGAUUUACUAAUUCGGGGGAUUUAAUGCAUUCUUCAAAAUCUCAAGUUGAGUUUCUUCUUGAUAAUGAUGUACCAAUAAUGUUUUUCACUGGAGAUGCUGACUACAUUUGUAACUGGUUGGGUGGAAAUGAAAUGGCUAAAUCAUUAAAAUGGAAAUAUCACCAAGAAUUUAAUGAUGCAAUAUUCAAAGAAUGGACAGUGGGUGGAGUAAAAGUUGGUGAGAUUAAAGAGGUUAAAAAUUUAUGGUUUGUAAAAGUUCUUGAAUCUGGGCAUUUUAUACCACAUGAUCAACCAAGAAAUUCUUUAGAAUUGUUUAAAAAGUGGAUCAAAAGUUU